UCAUGUGGUCGCGCCAAGGUCGGGCGUUCUCUCUCUGCGAUACGGGUAUCGCCGUGUGUAAGCCUCUGCGGUAGUGCAUGCGCAUUGGUGACACAGCGCAGGGGAUGGCGCGUAUUUUUCCUCAACGCAUGCGCAGUUAUUGUCCAGUGGCGGAGGGUAGGGGUGGAAGGAGGUGGGCAAGCGGCCCGUGGCGCUUGCGCAACCUAGGGUAGGCGGGGUGAGUCGGUACCAGCUUUCCUGCGUUCGGCGCUUGCGCACUGAACGGCCACAGGGGCCCAGGCGACGGAGCGAAGAUGGCGGCGGUGGUACAGAAUGUGGUGAAGCUCCUUGGAGAGCAAUAUUACAAAGAUGCAAUGGAGCAGUGCCACAACUACAAUGCCAGGCUGUGCGCUGAGAGGAGCGUCCGGCUACCUUUCCUAGACUCACAGACCGGAGUGGCACAGAGCAACUGCUACAUAUGGAUGGAGAAGCGUCACAGAGGCCCAGGUUUAGCCUCUGGUCAGCUCUACUCCUACCCAGCUCGCCGUUGGCGGAAAAAACGCCGUGCUCACCCUCCGGAGGAUCCAAGGCUUUCCUUCCCUUCCAUCAAACCAGAUACUGAUCAGACCUUAAAGAAAGAGGGGCUGAUCUCCCAGGAUGGCAGCAGUCUGGAGGCUCUCUUAAGGACUGACCCCCUGGAGAAACGCAGCCUGCCAGACCCGCGCAAUGAUGAUGACAGCCUCAGCGAGUUCCCUGUCACCAACAGCCGUGCGCGGAAGGUACGGCAGAGAGAGGGCAUUCUCCCCUAUGUUGCAAGAGGGAGCUUCAUGCGGAUCCUUGAACCCGAUGACUUCCUGGAUGAUCUGGAUGAUGAAGACUAUGAAGAGGAUACACCAAAGCGACGAGGCAAGGGCAAAGCCAAGGGUAAAGGUGUCAGUGGUGCUCGGAAGAAGCUGGAUGCAGCCAUAUUAGAAGAUAGAGAUAAACCUUAUGCCUGCGACAUCUGUGGGAAGCGUUACAAGAACCGCCCUGGGCUCAGUUACCACUAUGCUCACUCCCAUCUGGCCGAGGAGGAGGGGGAGGAUAAGGAAGAUUCGCAGCCCCCGACGCCCGUCUCUCAGAGAUCUGAGGAGCAGAAGUCCAAGAAAGGUCCUGAUGGCUUGGCUUUGCCCAACAAUUACUGCGACUUCUGCCUAGGAGACUCAAAAAUCAAUAAGAAGACUGGGCACCCAGAGGAGCUGGUGUCAUGUUCGGACUGCGGGCGAUCAGGGCACCCUUCUUGCCUCCAGUUCACUCCGGUUAUGAUGGCAGCAGUGAAGACGUACCGUUGGCAGUGCAUCGAGUGUAAAUGCUGCAACAUCUGUGGCACCUCGGAGAACGAUGACCAGCUGCUCUUCUGUGACGAUUGUGAUCGUGGGUAUCACAUGUACUGUCUAACUCCGCCCAUGUCAGAGCCACCCGAAGGGAGCUGGAGCUGUCACUUGUGUCUGGAUUUGCUGAAGGAGAAAGCGUCAAUCUAUCAGAACCAGAACUCCUCUUGAUUCGGUUUUGGGUUGGAGGGCAAAGCGUGGCUCAGUAGAGUAACCUCCAGUCACUCAUUACAUACAGGGCUCUGUUACUUUUUCUGUCCCCCCCCCCCCCUUUUUUUUUUAAAUGGUUUAACCUUUCCCGUGUUUUUUUGGGUUCCUUUUUGUUGAAUUUCUCUCCUUCCCAAAGCAGAUUGGACUCUGCCUGUUACCAGAAGAUCCAUCCUGGCCUGGGGUUAGAAGUGGAUCCACUUCCCCCACCAUAUCAGGUGAAGUCUUGUACGCAAGGCUGUCCCUUGGUGGUGGUUGCGUUUCUGCCUCUGUCUAAGCACUGCUUCAAACAUACAUAGCGUGAACCAAUGCUUGACCCUCACUGAAGGCAAAACCAAUCCUAGCACGCAGAUGAGACGCAACAAACAGGAAUCUCCUCUCUGUAUAGGAGGGAGAAUCGCCUUAUUCAUCCUGGUGAAAGGUGUCUCUUGGACUCUCCAGUGCAGGAACUGCAGAAAGAAGCGCCAUAGGAGAAAAGGGGUCUUACAUCCUCACUUAAAUGACUCCUAUUCCUGAGUCUGCUUUGCCAUUCAGCACUACCGAGUUAGCAGCCAUCUCCAGGGCUCCCGUCAUCCACGCUCUUAUGCUACAAGUCUGUCUGAGCAAAAUCAACCUGUCAGGUAAAGGGAAAUGGCUCCAGACAUUCUUCGUGUCCCAAAUCCUCCUCCUCCUCCGCUUACUCUAAUUAGUGGGUUUAAGUCCACACACUUCUCCUAGUAUAGACAGGAAGCAGUGGUUGUCCCUGGUUGAUAGUAGGGUAUCGAUCACUGAUUGCCCCGUCCUUCCACGAGUUGAAAGUGGUUUGACUGGUAUAGGUGACUGGACCACACUGUUGUCAACACCGCCUGCUAGAGAAUUGAUUCCAGCACUGGUAGAAAGGGAUCCAAUGUGUGGGUGAGGGUGUGGUUUCCCUUGUUUGUCAGAUAAUAUCAACCAUGGAUCAGUAUCCCUGUGUAGAGAAGGCCUUUGAUUUCCGCCUGAGUCAAACCAGUUUAAAUAUGAAGUGACUCCAUUGUCUCUUGGUUUAUGCUGGUCUGACUGAGAUCAGAGUCAAACCCAUAGACCCUACAGUACCUCAGCUUGAUGGUGUGUUUACACCUGUCCUGUAAAACUACACUCAGCAUCCCAUAGUUCCAGGUUCUAGUGGUCACACAGGGUUUAAACUUUCACCAGGUUAUUUUGGAAAAGGUCUGCCCCGGCCUCCUUUACAGACUCCAUCCUUGAGAGGAGAAAGGGAUGGUCCUUAGGAUUCUUCACUGCUGCCUUAACAUAGUCCAAAUGCGUAAGUUGGCCCUUCCCAUGUACAUCCCCUGCACUCAAGCAUUUUAAUGGAGUUUUGCCUAUUAUGUUUUUAACCUACAAAGCCUGCCGUCCUGGCUUUUGGUGAUGGUGUAGCUUUUCAUAUCAUUAGGAUAAUGAAACUACAGUGGGGCUUUCGUCCCGGACUCUUGAGUCCCAUACCGAAGCUGGUUGGUCGCCAUCCCUGCAAGAGGCUUGAGUCCUCCCAUGUUGUAGCAAUGGCAGCACCAUGCCUCCUGAUAGGAGGAGGAUGGUUUGGGACUAUGGGUUCAGAACAAGCAGAGACCACUGGUGUUUCCAUGGAACAAAGUGCAGAUGGACUAGUCUUUUGAUUUGCAGAUCCCUUUGUCGCUCCAGUUAAUGUGCCUAUGCAAGGGAGCUGCAUCCCCAAGACUUGGGAGUGCCUGUUCCAGCCGGUCAAUGGGUAUGAAUGCAUGCCAGCAGGGACCCAUCGCCCCAUGCCAUGGUGUGUUGUUAAAGGCUGAGCUGGCUCGUUUCAGGACCUUGCUCUGCUCGACGAUGGAGGAAAAGAAGCCAGUUUCUUCUCCCAGCUUGCUGCUGGGCUCUCCCUCUCUUGGAAAAUAAGGAUCCCUCUCCCUCCCUCCUCGCUAUUUUUGUUUCCGCUCUGCAGGAAUCUCAUUGUAUCAUGUGACUCGGAACCCACUGGUGAUCUUUUGAAGCCCUCCUUGCAUCGCUGUUUUCAGUAGCAGGGGUCAAGGUGCAUGGGACAAUUUUUGUUGUACAGCCCUAGUAUAGGAUGAAGCAUCUUUGGAAGGGUGACACAAAAGGGUUCUGUUGAAUAAUGUGCCUGUUUUUUCUAAAUCGACUUCAAACCUACCUCCAAAAUCCCUUUUUACGUUCUUCCUUGCUCACUAGAAAUGCAUUUAAAAAAAAAAAACACUUCACCUGUACAAAAGGGGCUGGAUGGCUCAGGGGAUGGUGAAUGGGAGGACUUUUGUUCACCACUAGGUCACUGGUUCAAAUCUAGCCCAAGCUGGUAGCAAUCAGAAGCCAUUACCAGCCACUGGUGAUUUGGUGGCCUGUAUGAAAUGAGUUUUGUGGGUCUCAAUCCAGUGUAACACACACAUGCCAGGAUCAAGGAGGCCAUGGAGACUGGACAUUGUGGCACAAUGAGGAUGUUUGCCAUGCUGUCCCUUACUUGGCUAAAAGUAGAUGGUCAGUCCAGACCCGUUCUGAGCACUACUUCAGAUGGAAAUAUUAAAUAAAAGACCCCACUCCCUCCAUACUUGCACAACAGUGACAUGUCUGCAUUUGUUUGAAAUCCUAUAUCCCCUCAGCAGUGGCUGUGGUUGGAAGCCACCUGAAAAGGGAAGCAUAGCUUUGCCCACUUCAUUACCUUAUCCACUCUUAUGAACGACUGAAGCUGAAGUGGGUGGGGAUUCAAUGCAGGCAGAGGCAGAAAUCCUUUUUGCCUCUGAUUCCAUCCAGAGCCUCCUAAUAAAUGGGGCUCAGUCACUGAGCAAAUCUUCCUUGCUUGGCUAACUGGGGAGCUGUUGCCCGAACUGAAAUUGGCCAUUCCCCAGCAGCUCUCGCCAGCACUGCAGGGUCCUGAGUGUCUUGUCUUGGACGGACCACAAUCCUCUGCAAAGUAUCACAUGUGUGUCUUAUCCUGCCUACCCCAAAAAAACACCAAAACGGCUUGUUAAACCCCUCUCUCGUCACUUUGGGGUGGGUUACUUUUCUUAAAUUUGUGUGUAGCUCUCCUUGCAAUGGGAAUUCAGCGCUCAGGUCAGAUGUGUUCCAGAUACAUUGGUUUCCCAUAAGGAGGCUCUUUAGGGUUGGGAUGGGGAAUAUUAUAUAGCUCAUUUCUGUGCUUUCACCUUGUAAUGUUUUUCAGGGUGUGUGAUGCGGGGGGGGGAGGUGUCAGCUUGAUUUCCUCUAUUCUUUAUGAUGCUGCUUCCCCUGCCCCCUCUUGGAGGAGAAAUGUCAAACAGUUCUGAGUAGGGAAAGCCACCUGCUGCUGAGUUAGUUUUCUUCUUUGACUGACUUUCACAGCUUUUCCCUCUGACUUAGCAAGCUGCCUCCCUCACUCCCACAUACAUGCACGCACAUUCACACAUGCAUUAACAGCCAACUAUGUAUUGAGAAUAGUGGACUUGUGUUUUUCCAUUUCAGUAACCUAAUUAAAUCGCAAAGUUUCAGAAGCAUAUUUUGGGUUUGGGUUUUUUUAAUUUACAGUGUAAAAAACAAAUGGGAAUUUUUUGCUGCUGUUAAGAUUCCUUUUUUUCCCCCUUUCCUCCCCACUUUAAUUGGAGCCAAGGUGUGUAAUUUUUUUAAGGUACUGUAUUAAAAAAACAUUAGUAAAUAAACAUUUUUACACGGAUCUCUCAUUUUAAGCUGCCUUAUUUGUUACUGAUACAGAUGCUGUGAGAUUAGAUGCUGGGGGUGCUUCUGAGUUUACUGUGCAGUUCUCCAGGGAAAACUGUUCAGGUAAAAGUGUUGUGUAUUUCAUCUUUCUAUUUUCCACAUCCCUUUGUUAGGUCCUGAUUCAGCAAGGUUCUUAAACUUGUCUAACGUGUAGGCAGGAGAGUGGUCAAAGGAGAUCACUUUAAUAGAUUUUAAGGCCAGAAGGUCCUAUUACAUCACCUACUUUAACCUGCAUAGCACAAGCUAGAGAACUUCACUUAGUGACUCUUGUGGUGAUUCCAGUGACUUGUGCUUGGCUAAAACAUCUUCAGAAAGGCCUCCAGUCUUGGUUUAAAGAUGUCGAGACGGAGAAUCCACAACUUCCUUUGCGAGUUUGUUCCAGUGGAUAAUCAUCCUUAAUAGUGCUUUAUUUCUAAGUUCAAUUUAACAUAAGGACAAAAGGGAGCAUUGUGAUUAUCUAGUCUGACCUCCUGUAUAACACAUACCCGUACCCCAUGCCUAACCACUAGACCUGCAUUAACUCCUCCCUUAACUAGAACCUGGCUUUAACUUCUAGUGUUUAAUGCUGUGCCUUGCUCUGCUAGUUUAAAGAGCCAUUUAGUACCUGGUAUUUUCUCCACAUGAAGAUACUUAGACACCUUAAUCAAGUCACCUCUGUCUCCUUUUUUAGAAGCUAACCAGAAUGAGCACUUUAACUCUCCCAGCAUAAGACAUUUUUUCCAUCCCUCGAAUUGUUUUGGGGCUCUUCUCUGCAACCUCUCCAAUUUCCCAUCAUGCUUAGAUACCUACCUUGCUGAAUCUGGGCCAUCCAGAGUAUUAGAAAAAGCUUUCUUCCCCUUUAAAAGUAAUGAAUGCUCUAGAUUGGAGUCUGAAGCUAUUAUUUGUAUUGCAGUAUCACACAGAAGCCCUAGUUAUAGACCAGGGGCAGCUUGUGCUAGGUGCAGGGCCGGUGCAAGGAGGUUUCAC